AUGAGCAAGUUUCUUAUAUUGUAUGGAAUAUCUCAAAAUCCAGAUUCAAAUGACUAUAUUUUAGUUCAAAAUUAUCUUAUCCUGAAUAGAAAUGAAAACAUUGAUAAUUUCAUUCAAGAAAGGCAGUUAAAUGUUAAUUCAUAUGAUGAUGUAGUAUUUGAAUGGAUACCAUACAAUCAGUUUAAUGAAAUUAAAGAAACAGGCAAAAAUAGUUCUGUAACUGUAUAUUCAGCGGAAUGGAGUAAUGGCCCAUUACACUACAAGAAAAAUAGAUGGGGUUCAAAUUAUACAAGAGAUUCAAAUAAAGAAGUUACUUUAAAAUGUUUGCAUAACUUGCAAAAUCCUGUUGAUUCUCUAAUAAAUGAGGCUAAAAAAUAUUCAACAAAAAAUUAUAAUUUUCAUAUAUUGUAUGGAGUAUCUCAAAAUCCAUAUACAAAUAAUUAUAUUUUAGUUCAAAAGUAUCUUACUUGGACUAGUGGAAAUGUAAAAAUUGAUAAUUUCAUUCAUGCAAGACGGGAUAAAAUUAGUAGUUUUCCUGAUGCAAUAUUUGAAUGGAUACCAUAUAAUCAGUUUAAUGAAAUUAAGGAAAUAGGUAAAGGUGGUUUUUCUACAGUAUAUUCAGCAAUAUGGAAGGAUUUCAAAGUUGCUUUAAAAUGUUUGGACAAUUCACAACAUCCUGCUAAUGAAUUACUAAAUGAGGUUGAGGCAUAUUCAACUAAAAUGGCUCUUAGUAAUAGUAAAAUUAUGAAUAUAUAUGGAAUAUCUCAAGAUCCAAAUACAAAAAAUUAUAUUGUUGUUCUUCACUAUGCAGAAGGUGGAAGUUUUAAUAAUUGGUUAAAUAUAAAUGAGAAUUAUAAAUAUUUUAAUUGGAAAGAUAAGAUGCAAAUAUUACGUUAUAUUGCCAGUGGACUUAGAGAACUUCACCGUAAACAAAUAGUACAUCAAGAUUUUCAUACAGGAAAUAUAUUAUUUGGCAAUCUUUCUUCAAAACAAAAUAGUAGAAUAUAUAUUUCAGAUAUGGGAUUAUGUAGGAAAGUUGAUGAUAUCAAUCAAAAUAAUAUUUAUGGAGUUAUGCCUUAUGUGGCCUCUGAAGUAUUAAGAGGAAAACCUUACACUAAAGCAGCAGAUAUCUAUAGCUUUGGUAUGAUUAUGUAUUUUGUAGCAGCUGAAAGACAACCUUUUGGCAAUCGUGCACAUGAUCAUCAUUUAGCAUUAGAUAUUUGUAAUGGAAUUAGUCCUGAAAUGAAUGAGCUGGAAAUGCCAAUAACUUAUAUUAAAUUAAUGAACAAGUGUUGGGAUUUGAAUCCUGAAAAUAGGCCUAAUAUCAAUGAAUUAGAUCACUCACUUUCAUUGAUUGCAAAUAACAAAUUAGAAAUUGAAAAAGCAGAGGAAUAUAGAAAGUUACAUCUCUCUUCAUUAAAAGGGGAUAGACAAAUAACUACUCAUCCUCAAGCUAUUUAG